AAAGCGCGAAGUCAAAAAGAAAUGUGGUAUCCGCACAAGAUGACUGCGCUGUUCCGCAUUCCCAAUGCUCGCUCUGCAUUACGUCUCGCCAAUGCAAGACAUGCUGCUGAGCUACCUCGCAGUCUGCACACCAGCCCAGCUCUCACCGCUGUUAAGUCGGUUCAGUCAUCUCCUUACGCUCAAACUCACACGAGCAGCAAUGUCAUCAAUUUCGGUCUCGGUCAACCUUCCGCCUCACUGCUGCCUCUAAGCAUGUUCCGCGAGGCUGCAAUGGGUCGACUCACGCCUUCACAAGACCCAGUAAUGUUGCAAUACGGAGCUGCUAAAGGGUUCAUCGGAUUUCGGGAGGAAAUCGCCAAGCUCGUGACAGGUAAACUAUUCACCAAAACGGUGUAGCGAAAACCACGAUCUGACCGAUUGCUGGUGUCUCGAUGAACAGGAGCCGACGCUACUGAAACUGUCGACUCAGAGACACUAAUGGUGACGGCUGGCAACUCUCAGGCCAUCUCCCACGCUGCCAUGGCGUUCUCCAAGACCCACAAACGGGUGUUCGUGGAGGAGCCUACCUACUUCUUGGCACACGAUAUUUUUCGUGAACUCGGAUUGGACUUGAAGGGUAUUCGCACUGGAAAGGAUGGACUUGAUUUGGACGUGCUAGAAGCUACGCUGGCUGCAGGAGAUGUUCCUGCAUUCCUGUAUACAAUCCCGUUCUUCCAUAAUCCAACAGGAGCUGUGAUGUCGCCUGACCGCUGCGAACGCCUGGUAGCUCUUGCACAGAAGUAUGAAUUUCGUAUUAUUUCAGAUGAGCCGUACAACUUGCUUCACUUGGACGGUGGCGCGCUGCCUUCGCUCGCAUCAUACGACGAUUCAGGCCUGGUUGUCUCGCUCGGAAGCUUUUCGAAAAUCCUCGCUCCAGGACUUCGCCUAGGCUGGGCGCAAAGCAAUACCAAGACGAUUGAAACACUGUCUACCAUUGGCGCGCUUCGUAGCGGUGGCGGUCAGAAUCCUGUCACUGCAGCCCUCGUGCACACAGUGUUGGAGCAGGACCGGUUGUUGCGUCAUAUUGAUCAUUUGAAAAGCGUCUUUCGAGUCCGCAAGGCGGCCAUGUGUGACGCAUUGCACAAGCACUGCCCAGACGUCACAUUUACCGAGCCGUCUGGCGGAUACUUUGUGUGGCUUGAGCUUCCGGACGGUGUCCACACUGAAGCGCUACUGAAGGAAGCUGUGGACCGCCACGGUGUCGCCUUCACGCCCGGCACACGGUGCUCACUUGGAACGAUUUACGGCGACGGCGACGGUGGCGUUCUAGCCAAUGCGGCGAUGACGCGCUGUGCGCGUCUAUCCUUUGCCUUCUACGACGAGGACGAGAUUCACUUGGGCAUCCAGCGGCUGCAGAACGCCCUAGCCAACUUGAAAUAAUACGUGUAGUAGACAGGCCUUGACGCUCAGCACCACCGAAACAAAUGACAUCAUCGCUAAAACGCAAAAGUUCAAGGACGUGUCAUGCGAAUCGCCAAAAUCUCCAUAGCGUUGCCUGCCAAUAGCUCAAACUUCAGUGAAGUUCACAGUGUGUGUGUGUGAAGUUCGUACACUAUACCUUCGGCUUCACGCGUUUGCCUUUGCCAGCGUGUACAUGCAUCCAAUCUAACCGAGAUGUCGUUC